AUGUAUCAACAAUCUGACAAAGCAGAGAUCGUGGAAUCGGGGGGUUAUACGGGGGUGCGUUCAGUGCCGGAUGUACCCCACAAUGAGUGUGCACAGUUGACCAUCUGGCCUGGCUACGCCACAGCCAUCUGCAAAUACGAAUCAUCCGUCUUGCUGUCGAUCGACGUGAGCCACAAGGUGGUGCGCAGUGAGACAGUCCUCGACUUCAUGUACAGCCUCAGACAGCAUUGGGGAAGUCAGCGUUUUCAUGAGAUCUGUGCCAAAGAGCUUGUUGGCCUGAUAGUCCUUACUAAGUACAACAACAAGACUUACAGGAUUGAUGACAUUGCAUGGGAUCACACACCAACCAACACAUUUAAGAGAGGAGAUACAGAAAUUUCCUUCAAGAACUACUACAGAUCUCAAUAUGGUCUUGACAUCACCAAUGGGAAGCAGGUGCUACUGAUCAGCCAUAUUAAGAAAAUGAGUCCUGUGGGGGGGCCUCCUCCUGGCCCAGCCUUGCUCGUCCCUGAACUGUGCUACCUUACAGGCCUGACGGACAAAAUGAGAGGAGAUUACAAAAUCAUGAAGGACUUGGGCGAAUACACCAGACUGAACCCAGAGCAGAGGGAGGGACGCCUCAACAGAUUUAUUUCCAACAUACAAAGGCACACUGAUGCACAGGCGGAGAUGGAUAAUUGGGGACUGGCUUUUGAUAAGCAGCUUCUAAGUCUGAAGGCCAGAGUGCUGCCAGCAGAGAAGAUUGUACAGGAAUCGAGAUCGUAUGAGUACAGCGCCUGGAAAGCUGAUUGGAGCAAGGAGAUGCAGGAGUUACCUCUGAUGCAUUCUCCUCCCCUGAACAACUGGAUGUUAUUUCACACCUGUCAAGCUGCCAACGCAGUCCAAUCCCUUUGGCAGUCCAUGGACAGAGCUUCAGGUCCGUUCGGCAUCAGCUUGAGAAGGCCUGUGAUAAUUGAGUACAAUGAUCAUCAGGAGUCUCUCCUCAGAGCCCUGCAGCAAAAUGUGGGACCGCAGACACAAAUGGUCAGUGGGGAAAGUUUUACAAAACUCUUUGAUCAUUGGUACUCGCAGUGGUUGCAGCACAAAGGACAGGAAAUCAUGGAUGGACUGAAGGGGGCUUUGACUGGGGCUCUGAAAACAUAUCUGAAGUUUAACAACUGCCUCCCUUAACGCAUCAUCGUGUACCGAGAUGGAGUGGGAGACAGCCAACUCCACAGUGUUGUGAACUAUGAAGUUUCUCAGAUAAUGGAGUCCAUCUAGUCUGUGGAACAGGACUACAUGCCUAAGCUGAGUGUGGUGGUGAAGAAGCGCAUCAACACCAGAUUCUUCUAUCGCACAAAUGGCAAAGUGUCCAACCCUCCCCCUGGAACAGUUGUGGACACUGAUGUCACACGUCCAGAGUGGUAUGACUUCUACAUUGUGAGCCAAGCAGUCCAAAAUGGAAGCGUCAGUCCAACCCAUUACAGUGUGGUGUAUGACACAAGUGGACUGAAGCCUGAUCACAUGCAGCGCCUCACCUACAAGAUGUGCCACCUGUACUACAACUGGCAGGGGAUUAUCAGAGUGUCUGCUCCAUGUCAGUACACCCACAAACUGGCCUUCCUUGUGAGUCAGAGCAUCCACAGAGAGCCCAAUGUGCAGGUUGGUGACUUACUCUUCUACCUUUAAGU